AUGGUCUCCAAUCUGCGCCGACUUGCGGCCGACCAUGCCGCUUUACACAGCGCCAAUCUCCCGCCAUAUUACCUUCUCCCUCCCGACGAUGGGCGGUCCUCGAGCGACGACCUGUCGCAUUUGACCGUCCUUCUCACCGGCCCGCCGGGCACUCCAUAUUCGCAAGGCCUCUGGCGCCUCCGUCUCAAGAUGCCUGACGACUACCCAAAUAGUCCCCCCAAGGCUACCUUCACGACGCGGAUCUGGCACCCCAACGUGGAGGAGCUCACGGGCGCGGUGUGUGUGGAUACGUUGAAGAGGGAUUGGAAGCCCAAGUUGACGCUGCGCGAUGUGCUGGUGACUAUCUCGUGCCUUCUCAUUUACCCAAACCCUGACUCGGCUCUCAACUCGGCCGCAGGCUCUCUCUUGCAAGAGGACUACGAGGCCUUCUCUCACCAGGCCAAGCUGAUGACCUCCAUCCACGCCCGCAUUCCGUCUGACCUCCAAGCCUCAGUGACGGAGGCAACAAUGAGAGGCGAAGAUGCCGGAUCGGCGGACCAGGAGAAGGACGACACUCGUGUCGCACACCCGCGCAAACAGCGACGCAUUCAAAACGGGACAAAUAGGAGUGCCGACCAUGCGGCGCAGCCACCGCAAGAUCCCCCCGCCACAGACGACAUGAGCGACAGCGGGAACGAUGACCCAAGCAAAGAAAAUGACCCGUCCCUCUCCCCAUCCCCCGUGAAACUAGCACCACCAAGCCCCCGCAAAAACGCUCUCGGCAAACGUCCCCUCUCCGUCCUAUCCAUGCCCGGGCCCGAGGACGCCGACGCGGACAUGAUGCUCGUCGACUCUGACUCCGAGUCCGAGUCCCAGGUCAUGAAUUCCGAAAAGAAUAUCUCUGCCAACACCGCCCCCGCACACCCCUCUGCAUCCCCGCGGCGCAAAUCGCCCAAGCUUUCCUCCUUCACCCGCGGCGCCCACCCCUUGUCCUCAAGUCGCAUGCGCGACGACCUCCUCAUCUACGAGGAUCUCCCCGAAACAUCCAUCUUAGCCGUCUCGCGCCGCUCUAGCGGAAACGGCAAAGAGAACUGUGACGCAGUAGGGUUGGCACUCGGCUUGAAAGAUAAGCGCGGGCACUCGGCUACGAAGGCUGCCGGUCAUGGCAAUACCUCGCUCUCUGCGGGCUAUGCGCAGCCAUUGUCUGCUUCUUCAUCAUCAUCUUCUGCAUCACUAUAUUCUUCCUCCUCUUCCACUGCUGCUGGUUCGUCCACGUCCUCGUCAUCAUUGAAAGCCUCGAAGAAGUCUGUCGCCGGAGCCCGCAAGGUUUCCUCUUCGGCUGUCGCCAAGGUGAAGCCUCGAAUUGGGGUGCGUCGGCUAUAA